UAAAAUCUCUAGCAUAAAACUGUUCAGUUCUCUAUAUAUUAUUGGCUGCAGUGAUAUUACUAAUAUUCUGCAUUACACCGUCUAGACGUGCGUAUCGUAUAAAAGAUUGUGUCUAUAAAAUUGUCUAAAAAAAAAUGUCAGCAAUGAGGAUGAAAGCAGUAAGAUGUCCUACUGAUGAACUCAGUAUUACAAAUUGUGCUAUAAUCAAUCCAGAUGAUUUUCCAGAUGAUAUUAGACACAUUGAGGUUACUACUGCACCAAAUCAUCAUUUCGUAUUUACUGUAAGACAACAUCAUGAAGUACCUAGAGGAUCAGUAGGAUUUAGUUUACCUCAGAGAAAAUGGGCUACUCUUUCUCUUAAUCAAGAAAUUGAAGUUCGACCAUAUCAUUUUAAUCCUACUUCAAGCACAGAAUGUUUAUGCGUUAUUGUGUUGGAAGCAGAUUUUUUACAAAAGAAAUCGACUACUUUGGAACCAUAUAAUACUGAUGAAAUGGCUAAGGAUUUUUUAUUUCAAUUUUCGGGGCAGGCAUUCACCGUGGGUCAGCAGUUAGUAUUUCAAUUCAAAGAUAAAAAAAUGCUUGGUCUUCUUGUUAAAAGUUUGGAAGCUGCUGAUCUUUCUGCUAUAAAUUCUGGACAAAAUACAGUACCCAAAAAGACUCAAAUGGGUCGUUGUUUGGGUAAUACUGUUAUACAAUUUGAAAAAGCAGAAAAUUCAAGUUUAAAUCUUGUUGGUAAAGCAAAAGGAAAAAUAGUUCGCCAAUCAAUUAUUAAUCCAGAUUGGGAUUUUCAAAAAAUGGGAAUUGGUGGACUGGAUAAAGAAUUUACUGCUAUUUUUCGAAGAGCCUUUGCAUCCCGAGUUUUUCCGCCAGAGAUUGUUACACAAUUAGGUUGUAAACAUGUGAAAGGAAUUUUACUUUAUGGUCCACCAGGAACAGGAAAAACAUUAAUGGCUAGACAAAUAGGAACUAUGUUAAAUGCUAGAGAACCUAAAAUUGUUAAUGGUCCUCAAAUCUUGGAUAAAUAUGUCGGAGAAAGUGAAGCCAAUAUUAGAAGAUUAUUUGCUGAUGCUGAAGAGGAAGAAAAAAGACUUGGACCAAAUAGUGGAUUACAUAUAAUUAUUUUUGAUGAAAUUGAUGCUAUUUGUAAGUCUCGAGGUAGUGUGGCUGGUAAUACAGGAGUUCAUGAUACUGUUGUGAAUCAAUUACUUGCAAAAAUUGAUGGUGUAGAACAAUUAAAUAAUAUUCUUGUUAUUGGUAUGACUAAUCGAAGAGAUAUGAUAGAUGAAGCCUUAUUACGACCUGGUAGAUUAGAGGUACAAAUGGAAAUUAGUUUACCUGAUGAACAUGGGAGAUUCCAAAUUCUUAAUAUUCAUACAUCUAGAAUGCGAGAUUAUAAAAAGAUAUCAACUGAUGUUGAUUUAAAAGAAUUAGCAGCAUUAACUAAAAAUUUCAGUGGAGCAGAAUUAGAAGGUUUAGUUAGAGCAGCACAAAGUACUGCUAUGAAUAGAUUGAUUAAAGCUUCUAGUAAAGUAGAAGUAGAUCCUGCUGCAAUGGAGAAACUUAUGGUUUCCAGAGCUGAUUUUCUUCAUGCUUUGGAAAAUGAUGUUAAACCUGCAUUUGGUACAAGUGCAGAAGCAUUAGAUUAUCUUCUUAUACGUGGAAUUAUUAACUGGGGCAAACCAGUAGCAGAGAUUUUGUCUGAUGGUAAUUUAUAUAUUCAAGAAGCACGUUCUACAGAAGGUUCAGGUCUUGUCUCAGUUUUAUUAGAAGGGCCUCCAAAUAGUGGAAAGACAGCUCUUGCUGCACAAAUAGCUAAAAAUUCUGAUUUUCCUUUUGUCAAAGUAUGUACACCAGAAGACAUGGUUGGUUUUACAGAAUCUGCAAAAUGUCUUUCAAUUCGAAAGAUAUUCGAUGAUGCUUAUCGUUCACAACUUAGUUGCAUUUUAGUUGAUAAUAUUGAACGUUUAUUAGAUUAUGGACCUAUUGGACCACGAUAUUCUAACUUGACUUUGCAAGCACUUUUAGUAUUAUUGAAGAAACAGCCACCGCGUGGUCGCAAAUUAUUAAUACUUUGUACUACGAGCCGCAGACAAGUUUUGGAUGACAUGGAAAUGUUAUCAGCUUUUAGUAAAAUUCUUCAUGUACCUAAUUUAUCAACUCCUGAUCAUCUUUUAAGCGUUUUAGAAGAAGUUGAUCUAUUUAAUAAAAAUGAAAUUGCAUCUUUGCACGCCAAACUUCAAGGAAAACGAGUAUUUAUUGGUAUAAAAAAAUUGUUAUGUUUAAUAGACAUGGUACGUCAAGUAGAGCCAAGUUAUAGAAUUGUAAAAUUUCUUUUAGAACUAGAAGGAGAAGGAGCAUUAGAGUAAUAAGUGUUUAAUAUUUUAAUUAUUUCUGUAGAAUUGAAUUAGAUGCCAUUCAGUGGAGUAAUACACAUACAUAAUAUAUAUAUAUUAAUACCUAUAUAAUAAACAAAAAUUUGCAUUUA